AUGAACUCGCUUGGAGGGAUUCGUAGCACGGGCAACCCCAAAGCCCCUGCAGAUCUGUUGCCCUGGUCGUUGCAGAAGUCCUGUGCAGAGGAGAGCCGAGGCCGGCCGGGGUCCGAUAGGAAAAGGAAAUUUUUGGAGACCGACUUGGCCCACGACUCGGAAGAGCUCUUCCAGGAUCUCAGCCAGCUCCAAGAGGCCUGGCUAGCUGAAGCUCAGGUCCCCGAUGAUGAACAAUUUGUCCCAGAUUUCCAGUCUGACAACUUGGUCCUGCACGCCCCACCUCCGGCAAAGAUCAAGCGGGAGCUGCCCAGCCCGUCCUCGGAGCUGUCAUCCUGCAGCCACGAGCAGGCUCUCUGUGCUGGCUAUGGGGACAAGUGCCUCUACAACUGUUGGUAG